AAUUUCUUCAACUUCCUUCACUCUCAAAGAAUGGCAACAAUGGUGUGUCGAAGCCCUCAGCCCUGCGUCGAUUCUCAGUUCAUCCAAACAACUUGGUCUCUUAUGGCCUCCUCACCUCACAUCAAAUUAAAUGCUCAACCUCCUCCGCCUUUCCGAUCCGCUUUCAAAUCCGUUUUUCUCGAUCUCGAUUGUGUCGAAUCUCUACACGAAUGCGACGAAUCAAAUCGGAUUGUUCUCACUCGCAAUGCUAAUUACUCUGUUCUUCUUUCUUCUAAUGGUCCGAAGAAAUCCGAUUCCCGCGGUGAAGAGAAAUCCGCAGUGGCGAUUAAGGAUUUAGAUCCUGACUACGUUCAUCCACUCGUUAAGCGCUCUCGCUCCACUCUGAGCGAGAAGAGUCUGGCGCUCUGUACUGAAAAUUUAGGAAACGAGACUGGAGCGGAUUUUGUCGAGGACGCUAUUUUCUCCGAUCUGAAAGUCGAACGGUCUCCAACGAGGAAGCGAGUGAAAUCGAAUGAUAAUCAAGGUAACAAGAAACUAUUUCCACCGCCUUUGACGACAAUCGCCGGUGUAGAUUCGAUUCGCGUACGGUCUUACCGCGAAAACGGAAGGUUGAUAAUGGAAGCGGUGGAGUCUCCGGCAAGGCUCUCGUAUUUCCAUGCCGAACGAAGCCAUGGCCGCCUUCGACUAAGCAUUUUGAAAAGAAGCACUCCGAAAUUUGAAUCCGAAGAAGAAAGUACGGAAAAAGAAAAAGAAGAAGAAGAAGAAAUAAAAAACGACGCCGUUGAAGUAGAGGGCGAGGUAGGUAAUUAUGAGGAAGAUGCGGGGGUAAAAGUGAAAGAAAAUGGAAAUCUCAGAGGGGCAGAAAUCGAAAUAGAAAAGCUUGAGAGACCAUGCAGGUGCAACGAGGCGGGCGAACAUCAUAAUUUUGACGAAAACAAAAACAACAAUGAAAUGUUAUCAUUAACUCGGGAGCCCCUCCCCAUUUGGGUCUCUUCUUAAU